AUGUUGGAUUUUUUCUACAUUCUUACCAAAGGCGGACUUGUUCUUUGGUGUGUACCAUCAUCAGCUACUCAAUUCAUUAAAAUUGUGAACAAUGCUAUUGACAAAGCUGUCUUACAAGGUCAAGGUAGUACACAAAAAUGGGUUACACCAACAAGUCCACAUAAUAUUCAUUACAAAUUAGAUAAUGAAUUCGAGCUUGUCUUCAUCCUUGGCUAUCAAAAAACAUUAAAUAUAUCGUACGCAGAUAAAUUUUUAAAUGAAAUACAAAAACGUUUUCGAGAUCAAUACAAAGGUGACUUAACUAUAGGUGGUUUUAAUCGAUCAUUUCCUUUUCGUGUUACUUAUGAAAAUGUUCUUUGGGACAUCGAACACGCGGAGGAGGAAGCUAAGAAAGCUCCGCGCGCACCUCGUUCCUAUGAAGAGUCUGAUAAAAAAAAGAAAACGGAUAAGAUAGUAACUAAAAAAGGUGAUGUAGCUACAGACGAAAAGAAAAAGAAAAAACCAAAACAAAUGGCAAAAUCAAACCAACAAUCGGAAACGAAUGUUCAAAACGAAGAACCAAUUGAAGAAGAAGUAGAAAUCAACAAAGAAGAAAUAAACAAUAAUGACGAAAAUGUUACAGAAGAAACAACUGAACAAUCAUUGGUUAGUCAAGAAGCAAAAGAUUCUGUUCCGUUAGAAGAAAUACAACAGCCAACACUUUCAAUUUCUGACAAAUUAUCGGCAUUGGGUAGAAAACCAGCACCAUUUUCGAAGGCUGCAGGAAAUAAAUCUUCACCGAAGCCUCAGAAAGGUGGUUCAAAAAAACAAAUGGCUCCAUCUAAUGAUAUCAAAAAUGAUACAAGUAAUCUUGAUCGUUCAAGCAAGGCAGAUUUAGGAAAACUGAAUAAUGGUCGACCAAUUAUUAAUACUGCUCUAUUAGCUGCUCGACCUGAACAAGGAGAUUUAAAAACAAUGAGCGUCGAAUCACCCAGUCUUACGUCUGGUUUAGUCGAUGGUUUUUGGUCGAAAUUAAAAAAGGUCAAUGUCUUUGCAUCGAAAACAUUAACAGCUGAGGACUUACGUACAGGCGUUGAAACUAUGCGUGAACAUCUCAUUGCUAAAAAUGUUGCAUCAGAUGUAGCUGAAAAAAUCUGCGAAUCUGUUUCAACUAAAUUAGCUGGGAAAACAUUGGGUUCAUUUGAAAGUCUCACAUCAAACAUUCGUCAAGCGAUGCGAGAUACAUUGGUUAUGAUUUUAACACCGAAACGACGUAUUGAUAUUCUUCGUGAUGUUGUCGAUGCGCAAAAAGCACGUCGUCCCUAUUCUAUUACAUUCUGUGGAGUUAAUGGUGUUGGAAAAUCAACAAAUUUAGCUAAAGUUGCGUAUUGGCUUAGUGGAAAUGAUUUGCGAGUUUUAAUUGCUGGUUGCGAUACAUUUCGUGCCGGUGCCAUCGAACAAUUAAAAACGCAUGUUAAUCAUUUAAAUAAUAUAUUCAGUGAAAAAAAAAUGGAAAUGAUUGAACUAUAUCAACGUGGUUACGGAAAAGAUGCAGCUGGUAUUGCAGCAGAAGCAAUCAACUACGCUAAAGACAAGAAAUUUGAUGUUGUUUUAAUUGAUACUGCUGGUCGUAUGCAAAAUGAUGAACCAUUGAUGAUUGCUUUGGCUAAACUGAUUCAUGUCAAUAAUCCUGAUUUAGUUUUAUUUGUUGGUGAAGCAUUAGUUGGAAAUGAAGCAGUUGAUCAAGUUACGAAAUUUAAUCAAGCGCUGGUUGAUAAUGCACGUUUACAUAGUAAUCCACGUGUUAUUGAUGGAAUUGUUUUAACUAAAUUCGAUACAAUUGAUGAUAAAGUUGGCGCAGCUAUUUCAAUGACUUAUACAACAGACAAACCGAUUGUUUUUGUUGGCAUAGGACAACAAUAUCAAGAUCUUAAAACACUCAAUGCUGACGUAGUUACAGAAGCGCUUUUGAAAUAA